AUGGAAGUGUUCGUUCUGGCUGUGUGGCUUUGCGUCGUCUCUGCCGAGCUCGCCCAGGACUUGGCGCACAUUGAGGACUUUAUCCAGCAGAAAAGAUAUCUGCUCAAGAAGAAGUACCGGCCCAUGUACCACAUCUCAGCGCCUGUAGGCUGGCUCAACGAUCCAAACGGAUUUAUAUUCUUCAAGCGACAGUACCACAUAUUCUACCAGUACCACCCGUACAACGGCGCGUGGGGUCCCAUCCACUGGGGCCAUGUGAUCAGUGAUAACCUCGUCGACUGGGCGUUUUACCCGCCCGCACUUGUGCCUAAGGACCACUACGACAAGCAUGGCUGUCUCUCCGGCUCGGCGGUCAUUCAUAACAGUUAUUUGACACUGUUCUACACGGGCCACGUGUUAUCCAAUAACAAGACAUAUCAAACGCAAAACGUCGCAAUAAGUGCUGACGGCAUCAUCUUUCAGAAGUAUUUGUACAACCCAAUAAUACGAGACGGCCCGUUUGGUAACGCUGACUUUCGAAAUCCUAAAGUGUGGAGGUUUAGAAACUCAUGGUACAUGUUAAUUGGUACUUCACGGUUGCAAGAAGCUUACUUAUUAUUGUACACGUCUUCAGAUUUGUUUAACUGGAAGCUCAACGGGACCAUAGCAAAAUCGUAUGGAGAUAUGGGGUACAUGUGGGAGAGCCCAGAUUUUUUUGAAAUUGAUGGAUUCGCAGUUCUUAUACUAUCAGUGCAAGGUAUUCAGGGCGACGGCCAUCGUUUUCGGAACCUUUAUCAGACGGGGUACGUGAUUGGAACUUUUAACUAUCAAAGUGGGCAAUUUGAAGACCUUGAGAUAUCAACAGCGACAUUUAAUGAGCUUGACUAUGGGCAUGACUUUUAUGCGGCCAAGACGAUGCAGUCUGUUGAUGGACGCCGACUGCUAGUCGCCUGGUUGGGCAUGUGGGAGAGUGAGUUCGAAGAAUCGAAUGACGGCUGGGCAAGCAUGCUAACCUUGGUCAGAGAACUAAAAUUGACAUUUCAAGGCAGACUUUUGAUGACGCCGGUUAGAGAAAUAGUCGAGUUACGUGCUGAAGUGCUAGAGGACGCAUGGUACAGUCCUGGGGAAGCAUUCUACGCGGGAUCCAGAGCCUUCGAAAUGCUUGUGAACUCUAGUACAGUGAUGUACGACGCUGCAAUCAUACUAGAGUGGAGCGGGGAGCGGCAGUACACCAUCGCAUAUUCCUCGGAGCGGGGCUUCGUGAGCGUAGACCGCGGCGGAGUGGACGGCGUCAGGCGAGCAGACUGGUUACCCGUCACGCAUAUCCAUUGGCGUAUUUUUGUCGACUACAGUUCCAUUGAAGUUUUCUGUGGCAUGGGUGAGGUUGUGUUCUCUAGUCGCAUUUAUCCGCGGAAGUCAAUGCGUAUAAGGAUUGCAGGAGACACGCAACUACACGUGACCCAAUAUCGACUCAGGCGCAGCGUCGGAUAUGACAACAAACUCCGCAAGCAAUUGAAAAAUCAUGUUAUUAAUAGAUACCAUUAA